UGCACGCGCCGCCGUCUACCGUCUGUGUGUCUUUUACCGCGUGCCUACGUUUUUUUCUGUUCAUUGAUUUUCCCUUUUAUUUAUUUAGUUGGUUCAGUUUACGUAAAUCGUGCGUCUAUUAUUAAGUACGGAUAGUUCGUCUAUGAAAUACUUUUAAAGCAUACUAUACAUCUCAGACAACAACAUCGUUGCGGCAGCCAAAGUUGUUGGCCAAAUAAUAUAGCAACGCCACAGCCGAAAAACUGAACGUUUACAGGAACCAAGGCUUAAGAUGACGCCAGAAAAAUCGGUUUUAGCCUAUGUCAAUCAUUUGAUCGUUAGCAAUUUUUCAUAUUUUUGGGACGAGGUCGAUGGGUACCUUAACUACUUUGGUGGCACACUGGGCACGCUGACCUUGACCAGUCUAGCGGCCAGUGUCGCCUACUACUUUGCAACGCGACCAACACAGGAAAAACCAUUAGUGCCUCUGGAAAACCAAUCACCUUUGCUCGAUGGUCCAGAACAAAUACACGUUUCCAAAUUCUACAAAGAAUCAAAAAAUGGCAAAUUUGUGUCCUACAUCACAGAGAACGUGCGGACACUCUAUCAGACGUUCCGCGAAGGUGCAUAUGCCUCGAACAAUGGACCCUGCCUCGGCUGGCGGGAGACGCUCACAUCGCCCUACCAGUGGAUUAACUAUGACGAGGCCCUAUUACGUGCCAAGAACUUUGGCUCCGGAAUGCUAGCGUUGGGCGCUCGUCCCAAACAACUAAUUGGCAUCUAUUCGCAAAAUAGACCGGAGUGGAUUCUAUAUGAGCAGGCCUGCUAUUCCUUUUCUCUGGUUGUGGUGCCGCUCUACGACACCCUCGGUCCAGAUGCCUGUGCUUUUAUCAUACGCCAAACGGAAAUGUCUAUAGUCAUAGUGGAAGACGAUGCCAAAGCGGGCAUGCUGUUGGAGAAGGCGCCGCGUAGCCUGAAGAUUAUUGUUUCCAUUAAGCCCAUCCGGCAAACGACGUUAGAGCGUGCGCGAAGUCGUGGCGUUCAAAUAUUCUCCUUCAUAGAUGUGGAAAAACUUGGCGCCAAAGGCAAUCAUGCCGAGGUACCGCCCACAGCCGAAGACCUGUGCACAGUGUGCUACACUUCCGGCACCACAGGCAAUCCCAAAGGCGUCAUGCUCACCCACGGCAAUGUAGUGGCUGGCGUCUGUGCCGUUAUCUUGCAAAUGGGUGAUCAUCGCAUACGAGCCGGGGAUGUGAUGAUCUCGUUCCUGCCUUUGGCCCACAUGUUCGAGCGCUGCUGCGAAAACGGCAUCUAUUAUGUAGGUGGCUGUGUAGGUUUCUACUCUGGCGACAUCAAGGAGCUGACGAACGAUCUGAAAAUGCUGAAGCCCACUGUAAUGCCAGCCGUUCCCCGACUCCUAAAUCGCGUCUACGAUAAAAUACAAAACGAGAUAUCCUCCUCGUCGCUGAAGCGCGGUCUCUUCAACAUGGCCAUGAAGUCCAAGGAGAAGGAGAUCGCCCGAGGAGUGCUACGGCGCAACGGCUGCUGGGACAAGCUAGUCUUUAAAAAGGUGCAUCAGGCGUUUGGAGGUAAUCUACGACUUAUGGUCGUGGGAUCAGCGCCGCUGGCUGGCAAUGUUCUUACCUUCAUGCGCUGUGCCCUGGGCUGUCUGGUUCUGGAGGGUUACGGUCAAACGGAAUGCACUGGAGCUAUUACGCUUACUGUUCAGGGUGACUAUGUGCCCAAUCAUGUUGGGCCGCCUGUCUCCUGCAACGCCGUCAAGCUGGUGGAUGUACCCGAGAUGGAGUACUUUGCAAAUCAAAAUACGGGAGAGGUGUGUGUGCGUGGAUCGAAUGUGUUCCACGGCUACUACAAAGACGCGGAAAAAACAGCCGAAGCCAUUGACGCGGAAGGAUGGCAUCAUACGGGCGACGUGGGAAUGUGGCUGCCUAAUGGUACAUUGCGAAUUAUCGAUCGACGCAAGCAUAUCUUCAAGCUAAGCCAGGGCGAGUACAUAGUUCCCGAGAAGAUUGAGAAUAUCUAUACGUUGAGUCAAUAUGUCAAUCAAGUUUACGUCUAUGGCGAAAGCUUAAAGAGUUGCAUCAUAGCUGUUGUAGUACCUGAUGUUGAUGUACUGAAGCAAUGGGCCACGGAGAACAACGUACGCGGCACCCUCUCCGUCCUAUGCAAUAAUAAGAAUGUCAAGGAACUGAUUAUGAACGAUAUGCUCAAUUGGGGAAAGCAGAGCGGUCUAAAAUCAUUCGAACAGGUGAAAGACGUUUAUCUGCAUCCUGAUCCUUUCUCUGUACAAAACGGUCUGCUCACACCCACAUUCAAGGCAAAGCGCCCGCAACUGAAGAGCUACUUCAAGCCGCAGCUCGAGGAUAUGUAUAAACAUUUGGAUUAAAGUAAUAACAAACACUACAACAACUAGAACAACGAAGAGCAAACUAAACCGCAUCCAAAUGGACACAAAACCAACAAUAAAUACUACUACUUAUAAAUAAAUAAAUAACUAUAUAAACUGA